AUGGUUUGCAAUGGAUGCCAGUAUGAUGUGAUUUUGAAGAAAGAAGUCAUCCGUGUAAUAAACAUCAGUUCUAAGAUUUCUUUGCCAGAAGAAGUUGAUUUGAUCAUGAUCAGUGGUUUGAUACGAGAGUUAUGCCGGAUAGCUUUUUCCAUGCAGACUCUUGACCCACCCCUUGAUAUUUCUCUUGGUAUAGAUGGAGAGCUGUUCAGUGAUUACAAAUACCGUCGCAGCUACGAUUCUGAUUUCACAGCUCCACUGGUUGCCUAUCAUGUCUGGCCAGCUCUCAUGGAAGAAGAUUCGGUGAUUGUGAAGGGAGAGGCUGUAACCAGGAAAGGUGCUCUGUGGUCUUCCAGGAGCAGGAACAGGAGCUGCAGCCACAGUCGCAGCCGUAGCGUUAGCCCUCUGGCUCGUAGUACAGGCUACUCCCGGCAUUUGCCAACUCGAAGCCGGAGCCCUUCCCCACUAAGGAACGGAAGCCCAAGAAAUUAAAUUAACUGGAUAUGAUUUUUUUGAUUCUGUACAUCUCGAUCAAUCUGCUUCUAUGGUGCCUCCUCCUGUUCCAAGAAUACCUCAAACUACACUUAAAAUAAUGUGAACGCCUCUGACAAAGCUUAGCUCACCCACAGCAGCACCAUCUAAUCUUUGAAAGCUACUGGUGGCCAAAGAGUAGAAUGAAUUUUGCCAGCUUGACUCUCUUCCAUUAGCCUCCCGACGUAUCUAGAGGUGAUGAGUCCCUUAGCAGACACUAGCAAUGUCUUUGCUGAAGUCGUCUCUUUGUAGCCCCCAUAAAAGUAUCUCAACCAUUUUGCUUUCGCAGACGUCAGACAGUACUUUUCAGUGGUGUGAGUAGUUUGGGGGAGCAAAGAACAGGCAACGAGAAGAAUUUAGCACUCCCAUUCUUCACUGUGCCUUAUUCUGCUGUUUUGAAAGCAACAUGGGGCAAAGCCACGGUAGAAAAAUAUGAUGUUGACAUAGUUUCAGAUCCAAUGGGAAGUCUUUUACACAUUCAAGGAAGUGAAGCUAUCAAAUAGCAUUCUAGAGAUCAUACUUGUAUUUUUUUCUCCUUUUUAAACCUGAAACUUAAAGAAGCUAUGAUAUUUGGGGUGGGCAGACCUGAGGUUUAAUCUUUUCUUAGCUAUGAAAAUAAUUGGGGGAGCUCUCCAGUUCUCAGACUGGCCUACCUCAAAGGGUAGCCUUCCACUUGGAAGGGUUAAUGGCAGUAAUCUUACCAUGACAUCCAGUAAAAGAGAAAUAAUUGCAGUAAUGAUUGAAAUGGACCUUUGUGAGGAAUCAAAAGCUGUAAAUAAUGUAUCUUGUUAUGGAAGUUUCCUCCCAAAAAUUGGGCAUUCCACCACAUCAACAUAUAUUGGCCACAUUUUACAUUUUUUUAAAAAGAAUUGUAUUGCUGUAAACAUGUAAUCAGAAACUCAUUUAUCUUAAUCCACCAAUUCUUUAAAAAUAUAUUAUUCUGGAUUGCUGUUGGAAGUAGUUGUUUUAUUUGUAUGUGUUUUUUAAAAAUCUAUUACUCCUUAAGGAAUACUGAAAUCCAACCGCUUAUUUGAAAAUAUGUUAUCACACGCUAUUUGAACCAAGUGUUAAUGUCAUUUGCUUGCAAUAUGUUUCAUAAAAUAUAGUACAUAAAAGUCCUGAAUAUUGUUCCAUAACCAAAAAACGCAAUGAGAAAUAUUUCUGGUUAGCCUGUGGGACACUAUUAAAUAAGAUUAUGGAUAUAUG